GAUUACGUUCGAAUCAAGGCCGUCGGAUUUGUUUCAGAACAACCCGUAGUUGCGGCACUCCGUUGUAACAUUAGCGUAAUCGUAGAACGAAAGACUCCUUUGAACACAAACACAAACACAAACACAAACAGUGUUCUCUAUCAACACAACACUCUUCUAUUGGUUUGGUUCCACGAUUCAUGUUCUUAUUUACUUCGCUCAUUCUCUUUCCCUCUUCAGUUUUAUCAUCCUGCGGUGACAACUGAUGGGCAGGCGAAAAAGUAAACCGCAUCGAUCAGUUGGGAUACUAGUCGAAGCAAAUGCUACUGCUGAAGCAGAACCAGAUAAACAUAAUGCUAUUGCAGUAGGAGAAGAAGAAAAGUGUGAUUUUGAUAAACCUUAUUUUGUUGAGGUUGACCGGUCUGGUUGGUUGUCAGAUGAACACCUUGAUAUUUCUGAAGUUGUUUUAACGGAUUUAAAUUUAAGAGAAGGUUUUAAUGGUUUUGAACUGUCUGAGGAUUUUUAUCAGGAUCCCCAAUUCUCGUUAAGAUUUCGGUUGUGUAAUGUCAGUGAUAUUCUUGGUCGAAUCAAACUUGGCCAUUGGCCUGUGUUACCUUAUACUGAUAUUCAUCUUGAGUUUGUUAAAAGAGCUACAGUUGACAAUAACGAAACAUGCACAGUGUUGUUAUCUGGUAUUUUUGAUGGACCUGAUGAAGGUGUUUCUGGUCUUGUUCACUUGAUGAGUUUGAAAUUUGUUACAUUGAGGGCUGUUAUUGGGAUUAGGCUUUCUGAGGACACUCCUUCCCUCAGGAUUAGGGUUGAGGUACUAAAGAGUGCCUUCGAUGCAUGUGAGUCACUUCUUGAGGUUUCUAGACAACUAUGGAAAAAGAGUAUGAUGAAUGUCAUGUCUUGGUUACGACCAGAAAUAAUGACUUCAGAAGUUAGGUAUGGGUUUAGUAGCUACAUGGACAUGGACAUGGACAUGGAAGUUAAUUCUCAGAAUGAAAUGGCAGACGGCGGUGGCUAUGCAGGGAAAUGCUCGAGGUUUGAUCCUGCUGGUUUUUAUGAAGCCAUUAAGCCUUCAAAAGCAGAGCCAAUGCUUGAAGAUGAUAUACCUGAGUUACUUCCUGAACUUCGGCCAUAUCAACGGCGUGCAGUUUUCUGGAUGGUAAAACGGGAAAAAGUAAUGGAAGAAAGUCAGAGUGAGAGUGAAAGAAAUCUGUUUCAUUCUCCACUAUGUGUGCCGGUGGAUUUUCUGGACACAAGGACUAAAAUGUUUUUCAAUCCAUUCAGUGGAAAUAUUUCCUUGUGCCCAGAGACUUCUUCACCUUAUGUAUUUGGAGGCAUUCUUGCUGAUGAGAUGGGCUUGGGUAAAACUGUAGAAUUGCUUGCUUGCAUCUUUGCUCACCGUAAAUCAGCAUACAAAAGUGACAUACCAGUGGAUUCAGUUCCCCAAGUCAAUGGAGACGAAAAAGUCGCUUUAAAAAGACUAAAAAGAGAGCGUGUGGAGUGCAUAUGCGGAGCUGUGAGCGAAAGUCUCAAAUAUCAAGGACUAUGGGUUCAGUGUGACAUUUGUGAUGCUUGGCAACAUGCAGAUUGUGUUGGUUAUUCACCUAAAGGAAAGCCACUGAAAUCAAAACAAGGAUUGGAAAGCAAGGCAUAUAAAACUACCAUAGCUGUGAGGAAUGGGGAAUAUGUAUGUCAGAUGUGCUCUGAACUAAUACAGGCUACUGAAACUCCUAUUGCCUCCGGUGCCACUCUCAUUGUCUGCCCAGCUCCUAUUUUGCCCCAGUGGCAUGAUGAAAUUAUACGUCAUACACGUCCAGGAGCCUUGAAAACUUGUAUUUAUGAUGGUGUUCGUGAAACAUCUUUCUCCAAUAAACCUCUGAUGGAUGUCAGUGAUCUUGCGAGUGCAGACAUUGUACUAACUACAUAUGAUGUGCUUAAAGAGGAUUUGUCCCAUGAUUCUGAUAGACAUAUAGGCGACCGACACCUUUUAAGAUUUCAGAAAAGGUACCCAGUUAUCCCAACUCUUCUUACCAGAAUAUACUGGUGGAGGAUUUGUUUGGAUGAGGCUCAAAUGGUGGAGAGUACUGUUGCUACUGCUGCUACUGAAAUGGCUCUAAGACUCCAUUGCAAGCAUCGUUGGUGCGUUUCAGGGACCCCAAUUCAGCGAAAGCUUGAUGACUUAUUUGGACUUCUAAGAUUCAUUAAAACCAGUCCCUUCAAUUUAUACAGAUGGUGGAGUGAAGUUAUUCGAGAUCCUUAUGAGAAGGGAGAUAUGGGAGCUAUGGAAUUUACACACAGGAUUUUCAAACAAAUCAUGUGGCGUUCUUCUAAACAACAUGUUGUUGAUGAAUUGGACCUUCCCUCCCAACAGGAGUGCCUGUCUUUGCUUACACUAUCACCAGUAGAAGAGCACUUUUACCAGCGGCAACAUGAAGCUUGUGUUAGAGAUUCCCAUGACAUUAUUGAAAGUUUGAGAAAUGAUAUUCUUAAUAGAAAAGUCCCAGAUUCUGUCUCUAUGAGUGGUUCCUCUGAUCCUUUAAUCACUCACACCGAGGCAGGGAAGCUAUUGAAUGCUUUGCUGAAGCUUCGUCAGGCUUGUUGUCACCCCCAGGUUGGAAGUUCUGGGUUGCGUUCCAUACAGCAGUCACCUAUGACAAUAGAAGAAGUACUAAUGGUCCUUAUAAGCAAGACCAAGAUAGAAGGUGAGGAAGCUCUCAGGAGGUUAGCUAUUGCUCUGAAUGCGCUUGCAGCAAUAUUUAUAAUACAAAAAGAUUAUUAUCAAGCUGCUUUGCUGUACAAUGAAGCUCUUGCUAUGGCUGAAGAGCAUUCUGAAGAUUUCCGCCUGGAUCCUUUGUUAAAUAUACACAUUCAUCAUAAUCUCGCUGACAUAUUCCCCCUGGCUCAGAAUUUUGCUUUGAUCUUGCCAUCCAAAGGAAAACAAUUUUCUGCAACUUCUGCAGUCAAUACAACUAAAAAGCAUUUUAUUGUAAAGGUUGAUCAUGAUCAAGUGAAGAGGCAUAAAAUAAGUAGUUUUGAUGACGCAAUUUCAACAGUGGCUUCUGCGGAACCAUCAAAUGUUGCAUCUAGCCUUUCAGAAAAUGACUUAAAUGAUAGGGAAUGUGAUGCUUUGUCGGCAAGUUCCGUCAAAUAUCUGAUAGCUGAAUGUGAAGAUUCAAAACAGAAAUACUUGUCUGUGUUCAGUUCAAAACUAGCUGCAGCUCAGCAGGAGUUUCAAAGUUCUUACACGCAGGUUUGUGAAGCAUAUCAUGACUCCGGAACAAAUCAAACUACAUUUUGGUGGUUAGAAGCACUUCAUUAUGCUGAGCAGAACAAGGAUUUCUCAACCGAGUUGAUUAGGAAGAUUGAAGAAGCCCUCUCAGGAAAUUCAAACAAUUCAAAGUCGUCACGAAUACCUGCUCGUUUUCGGAGCAUAAGCUCUCUGAAGUAUCAAAUUCAAACCAAUUUGGAUCAAUUAGAAGCCUCUAGGAAAGUGUUAUUAGAUCGUCUGCUUGAAAUUGACAAGACAAUGGAAAAACCAAAAGAUGAAGAUAUUGAGCGCGUUGGUAAAUGUCGAAAUUGCCAACCUAAUUGUGAUGGCCCCCCAUGCAUUCUGUGUGAACUAGAUGAGUUGUUUCAGGCCUAUGAAGCUAGACUCUUUGUUCUCAAGAAUGAACGUGGUGGGAUAAUAUCAUCUGCUGAGGAGGCAGUAGAUUUUCAAAAGCAAAAUUUUGCAUUGAAUCAAUUCCUCUCAAAGCUAUCACAGUCUAAUCACAGUUCAUCAGUGUCUGAUAUUGAACAUGAAGAGUCCAGAAAAAGGAAUGUUGGACAAAAAGUUGUGACUUCAAAAUCACCAUCAAUGCUGGAGGUUCUUCUUGGAGUCAUAAAAAACUAUUGCAAGACUCAAUUUGGAAAGGACAGUGUCUCAGCAGCCACCAAGCAUUUACAUAUUUUUGAGGGAAUGCGAAAGGAGUAUGGCUAUGCAAGGUCUUUGGCAUUAGCUCAAGCUCAAUAUCUGCGUGCCCAUGAUGAAAUAAAGAUGGCGAUUUCUCGUUUACACCUAAAGACAAAUGAAGAUGAUGAAUCUCUUGAUGCUUUAGGUGAAAACGAAUUAACUGCGGCUAGCUCAAACUUUUCCCAGGAGAAGUUUAUGUCACUGGCCUUGUUGUCACAGAUAAAAGGAAAACUACGGUACUUAAAGGGUUUGGUUCAAUCUAAGCAAAAACUACCAUUGGAAAGUCAAGAUAGCUCUUUAUGCACUCAAGAUACAAAUGCUAUGUCAAACUCUAUGGAAGAGAAGGGUGAACUCAUACCUAAAACUUAUGAGGAAACAUGCCCAAUUUGCCAAGAAAAGCUAGGCCAUCAGAGAAUGGUGUUUCAAUGUGGGCAUAUUACUUGCUGUAAAUGUUUAUUUGCUAUGAGUGAGCAAAGACUUCAACAUAGCAAGACUCAUAAUUGGGUGAUGUGCCCUACAUGUCGACAGCCUACCGAUUUUGGAAACAUUGCCUAUGCUGUUGAUGCAGAAAAAGAAUCUCCCAAUUCUUCAAUGCCGCAUACAAUUGACUGCUGUGAAAAACAUGAAGCAUCUAUUACUGUUAAAGGCUCGUAUGGAACCAAGAUUGAAGCAAUCACAAGAAGAAUCUUGUGGAUAAAGGCCACAGAUCAUAAAUCAAAAGUUCUUGUAUUUUCAAGUUGGAAUGACGUACUUGAUGUAUUGGAACAUGCGUUUGCCGCCAAUAACAUCACCUUCAUCCGGAUGAAGGGAGGCAGGAAAGCACACAUUUCCAUCAGUCAAUUUAGAAGAAAACAGAAUGGCACAAAAGGAUGUGAGGGAUCAGAACCAAAAUCUAUUCAGGUGUUAUUGCUUUUAAUCCAACAUGGAGCCAAUGGACUCAAUCUUUUGGAAGCACAACAUGUGGUCCUUGUAGAGCCAUUACUCAAUCCAGCUGCCGAAGCACAAGCAAUCAGUCGUGUACAUCGCAUUGGCCAAAAAAAUAAGACCCUCAUUCAUCGUUUCAUAGUAAAAGACACGGUUGAAGAGAGCAUAUAUAAAUUGAACAGAAGCAGAAGCAAAAGUAAUCAUUCAUUCAUUAAUGGCAACACAAAAAAUCAAGAUCAACCUGUUUUGACCCUUAAAGAUGUUGAAUCCUUGUUGGCAAGAGCACCAUUAACGGCGCCGGAAAUCGAUGAAAACCCUACUACAAAUACGAACCUGAGAGACUUGCCACCAUCAGUUGCUGCAGCUAUAGCAGCCGAGAGAAGACAUAAUGAGCAAAGAACAUGAUUCUGUUUUUCUCUUCAUUUCAAGAGAUGUUACUAGACACAAGUCCCACAAUUUUAAGAGGCAAGAGGAGUUGCAGUGCAAUAAA